GAUCUCACAAAGCAAAAAUUUUACGGUCUUGCACGGUGCGGUAUUAAAAUAGUGACUACAAUAACACCUUAAAUAUUAAUAAAAUGUCGGAAGUGGUAGACAGUGAAACGUUUAAAAAACGCAAAUUAAUUUUGUGUAAAUUCAUGAAUGGAAAUGUCAAAGAAGACUCUGAGGAAAAACUAAAGUGUAGAGUUCUCCAUCGAUCUAGUCAAUCUGAUCUUAAAACUAAAGAUCAGAAAAUAAUGGUUUCAGAGUCAGAGGAUAUGACAUAUAUAGGAAAGAAUUUCGGGAGAUAUCGUUGUAAUCCUAAUCGUACAAUCAAACAGUAUGUUGGAAUAUAUGAUGAGAAGUCUGGAAAGAUGAGAAUAUGUGAUGCUGAAAUGUUUCAUAUGAUGCCACAUGUCCCAGGAAGAGAUGAUGAUGACACUCCACUGCCUCAACACAAUUAUGUUCAGAAGCUUGGAAUGUUAACGGAAGCGUUUGGAAGUAAAUGGAAGAAAUCAGCAUUGGAGAAACAACAAAGGAACAUGAUAGAUGAAGGGACAAUGAAGGACCAUCUAGCUGCUGAUAUACACCAUGGAAAACAACAGGUGAAACUUCAUCAGCUGCAGAAAGAAGAAACAAAAAGCACACAAUCAGUGUUAGAUGUGAUACCUCCAUGCAAUAAAAAUGCUGAAAAUGUUGAAGAUGUCUAUAGUCUCUCAGACAUUUUAUCAGAAAUUGACAUGGAUUCCCUACAAUCUCCUGCUGCAGUGUUCUUUGACAGUACACCAGCACAAAUCAAAGAAUGGAAAGAUAACAAAACGUAUCCAGCAUAUGUUUUAAGUCAUGUAUCAAGCAUGUCAUUAGAUCCGCUCAUUCGCUGGGAGAGGUCCAAGUGUCUUAUAUAUUUGUAUUAUAUGAUACAUUUGUACAAGUUAUCACCGAAAGAACUGAGACAAAAAGACCCUUUUCCAAAAGAUUGUCCAGGAAAUAUGAAGAGUAAACUGUCUGAAAACUUCACAAAACAAGCAGUCAAGACAAGAUGUAUGCCGAGUCGUUUAAAGGAUAGGUUAGCAGCUUAUAUCCUCACUUUAUGUUUGCUGAUAGAUGAAUUUUCUGUUGAACUUAUUGAUCUCAUGAAGGAUAUGCAGCUAGAAAGAAGCAAGAUGUUUUUGAUUCUCAAGUCACUGGGAUGUAAAAUAAACAAAAAAGAAACAGAUGGGGAAGUCAGAUACAUUGCAAGAUUAAAACUGCCUUUAGAUUUCCCUCAGAGACCACUGUUUAAAGAGCGAUCAAAGAGGAGAUGAUUGGCCAGUUAAUAUGUGUAUAUUAAACCCAAAGUACUAUGACGAGGUACAUAACUGAAUGAUGAUCAUUUUUCCAGACAGCAUUAUGGUAUAUGCACAGUGAAUAAGAAAUACAUACAAAUUUGUUAAAAUCCAAAAAACUUAAUGUUUUUAUAACGCAUACAUGACUGUAUAUAUCAAUUUUGGUUUAUAGUUAACAUAUGCUGAAUGUAUGUUGACCUUGCCAUAAACUGUCCAUUCCUUAUUUAAGCAAUUGCAAUAUUAAAAUGCUGAAGUUAAGCAGAUACCUGCAUAGUUAAAACAGUCAGAAUAAAAGUGAAUGCUGGCUUUAUGCUAUAGUAGUGACACUAGCAAACAAACAAUGUUGCCUGCUCUUUGGUCCUAUAUUAAGUUGAUUGAAAUAUAAAUUAAAACUGUUGAAAAUGUGACUUCAUUUCUCUAAAAAUUAACAACAUUAAGACAUUUAAAACUUCAUACCAAUUCGUGCAACUGUUUUAGUAAUGAACAUUUGAAAUAGUAAAGAUAUGAAAUAAGUUAAGAACGGGAUAUGGGAGUUUAUGGUAAUGAUUUGGCAACUGAAAUUUAUGCACAGCUGAGAAAAAUCAAUACUUAUGUCUGUUCUUUCCCUACAUAUCAAGCACAGACUACCAACUGAAAUACCUGAAAUGCGUGAAAAUAAAAAAAAAACCAAAACAAAAAAAAACCCAUAAGCUCUUACUGUGUGAUUGGGUAGAGUUAUUGUGAUGUAAAAAGGUAGUCCAAACUUGUACUUUUAUUGUUGAUCAUAAAUAUUGAAAUACUUUGGCUUUUUCGUCUUCUUAAAAGUUCUGAAAUAACUUAAAGGCACUGUCAGAUGGGGAAGACCAGUGUUGGUCUAUAGUUUUGUAACAUAUUAGGUUGAUGGCAAGAUUGUACAAAUAUAAAACAGAUUCUUAAAACAUAAUUAUUUUUUCUAAGGUUGAAUUUUUUUUGAAAUUGUCCAUUUUUGUGGAAAUAUGCAGGUGUAUGAAAUUAGAAGUUAUAUACAAUACAUGCCUUUCUAAAAAAAAAUCUGAAAUUGCUCUGGAUAGAGUUAUGAUAACACAUUUUGUCUUAUAAGUUACUGAUAAAAAAAUCAAUCUUUGAUUAUGCUUGGUUGAACUUGUCAUGUUUGAUUAAAUCAAUGUAAGAUAAAUCUUUGUUCGAGAUUCAAUAUUACAUUCUUUAGUUAAUUGCACCUUAUUGAUUGAUUGGUAUAUAAAUGUAUAUACUUGUUAUUUUCUUGUUUGCCAUGGUUAUAAUGAUAAUAUCUUAUUUCAUUUGUGAAGUAUAGAGUAUAUAUUUUGUUAACUUUUAUGUGUUGGUUUUACAUAUAACAAUACAUGAAAGAAAAAUAAUGAGUAGAAAA